GAGAGAGAGAGAGAGAGAGAGAGCACGAGCCCACAGUAGUUGGACGGACCUCCCUCUUCCCUGUGAAGCUGCCGCCGCUGGUCCGCGCGCCCGCAGGCAGGAAACACCAGCGACUGACAGCGUCGAGGGCGGAGAUAAUGUCUCAUUAGAGCAGCCGAGCAGCGCGAGCACGACAACUGACCGCUGCCUCAACUCACACUUGGAUUCUCUGCGGAACCGCGACGACGCAGCCGCUGUCCGCCUCUGAACCGAGGAGAAGCGGAGAAGAUGCCGGUGAAAGGCGGCGGAGGAAGAAUGGUCUCGUACCCGAGCAGGAGCGAAAAUGUCGGCAGCUCAGGAGGGGAGGAGAUGGUCUGGGAGCAGUUUACAGUCACUCUGCAGCGGGACUCUAAGUUGGGUUUCGGCAUCGCUGUGUCAGGCGGCCGCGACAACCCUAACGUGGACAACGGUGAGACGUCAAUCAUCGUGUCAGACGUGCUAAAGGGAGGACCAGCUGACGGAUUACUCUUUGAGAAUGAUCGUGUCAUUCAGGUCAAUUCCAUCUCCAUGGACAGCGUGCCUCAUUCCUUUGCUGUGCAGUCUCUCCGUAAAUGUGGCAAAGUGGCCAAAAUAACAGUGAAGAGACCUCGUAGAGUCCACAUGAAGCAGCCCCCCUCCCCGGGUGCAGACAGUCGGGAGUACACCCCCUCCAGCCACUACUACGACGCCGACAACGACAACAGCUGGUACCGCGACGAAGGCCGGGAUCACGCCUCUGACAGCAAAGGUUACCUGGAGCCCGAGUACAGGGGCGGGCAGGACCACAACCAGAGAGGGCGGAGCCGUGGGAGGAGCCAGGAGCGAAACUCCAGCCUGGACAGACCCAGGAGGGACGGCAGCCGGGAACGGACCCUGGAUGUCAGCGCCGAUCGUCAGCGGUACCACAGCCGAGAGCGCAGCCCCCCCGGGGACAGCUAUCGCAUGGAGGACAAGUAUGAGCGAGGGGGAGGAAAAGUAGGGAAGUACAGGAGCAGAGACCACCUUAAUGACAACCCUCCAUCUCCAGAACCUUCCAGAGAGCUGGAGCCACUGGAAAAACCUGUCAACGUCCUGCUGGUGAAGAACAAGCCCAGUGAAGAGUACGGCCUGCGUCUCGGGAGUCAGAUCUUUAUCAAACAGAUGACCAGCACAGGCCUGGCCGCCAAGGACGGGAACCUGCAGGAGGGAGACAUCAUUCUGAAGAUCAAUGGAACCGUGACUGAGAACCUCUCUCUGCAAGACGCCGGGAAACUCAUCGAGAAGUCCAGAGGGAAACUGCAGCUGGUGGUCCAAAGGGACCGCCGCCAGAUCCUGGUCCGCAUCCCCCCUCUGGCAGACUCUGACUCUGAUAAUGAUGACAUAUCAGAGAUGGAGUCGUACCAUUCCUAUUCUCCCCCAGAGGAGAGGAGGUCCCACCAGUCCGAUCUGUCCUCUCACUCCUCUAAUGAGAGAGACAACCCCAGGGAAGAACACUCGAGGACCGCUCAGAUGUCAGCCAUGGCCUCUCCAUUCAAAGUCCCUGAAGAGCCUCAUGCCUCAGCUGAUGUGGACACGCUGCACACAGACGCCGCUCCAGCUGCUGCAACAACCACACCCAAGAUUCUCCUCAGACCGAGUUCAGAGGAUGAGAAGAUGUACGGACCAAACACAGUGAUGGUGAAUUUCCAGAAGGGCGACAGCGUCGGGCUGAGGUUGGCUGGAGGCAACGACGUCGGAAUCUUCAUCGCCGGAGUUCAGGAGGGCAGUCCCGCCGAGGAGGAGGGUCUGCGUGUCGGAGACCAGAUCUUAAAGGUGAACAACGUUGAUUUUCAAGGUGUGGUGCGAGAGGAAGCCGUGCUCUUCUUGUUGGAGAUUCCUAAAGGAGAAGUGGUCACCAUCCUCGCCCAGAGCAAACUUGACGUUUAUAACGACAUCUUGGUGUCGGGACGCGGCGACUCGUUCUUCAUCCGCACACACUUUGAGUAUGAGAAGGAGACGCCUCAGAGCUUGGCCUUCAGCCGGGGCGACAUCUUCAAGGUGGUGGACACGCUGUACGACGGCAAGCUCGGCAACUGGCUGGCAAUCCGCGUGGGUAAAGAGAAGCAGCUGCUGGAGAAGGGAAUCAUCCCCAACAAGAGCAGAGCCGAGCAGAUGUCCAGUGUUCAGACUUGUCAUAAAGCCGUCGUGGGCGACCGAGCGGAUUUCUGGCGGCUGCGGAGCCAGCGUUCUCUGAAGAGGAAAGACCUGAAGAGGACCAGAGAGAACCUGAGUGCUCACACUCUGGCCACGCGCUUCCCUGCCUAUGAACGCGUGGUGCUUCGAGAGGCUGGAUUCCGGCGUCCUGUGGUCCUGUUUGGUCCCAUCGCUGAUGCUGCUAACGAGAGACUGGCCUCUGAGAUCCCGGACCUGUUUGUCAUUGCCAAAACUGAGCCUAAAGACGCCGGCUCUGAGAAGUCCUCGGGCGUGGUCCGACUCAACACCAUCCGGCAAAUCAUCGAGCAGGACAAGCAUGCCUUGCUCGAUGUGACCCCCAAGGCGGUGGACACCCUGAACUACACCCAGUGGUAUCCCAUCGUCAUCUUCUUCAACCCCGACAGCAAACACGGCAUCAAGGCCAUGAGACAGAGGGUCGUCCCCAGCUCCAACCGCAGCGCUCGCAAACUCUACGAGCAGGCGGUCAAACUGAGGAAGACCUGCGCGCACUUAUUCACUGACGCCAUUGAUCUGAACUCAGCCAACGACGCGUGGUACGGCAGCGUCAAAGACUCCAUCAGAGAGCAGCAGAUGCAGGCUGUGUGGGUUUCUGAUGGCAAGCUGGAGGGAGUAGAGAGUGACCUGGACUGCCAGGACGUGGAGCGUCUGUCCUUCCUGUCGGCCAUGUCUGCAGAUUACCUCAGCAUAGACAGCCGGCUGACCUCUGACCUGGACGACACUGCGGACGAGGGAGGCUGCUACACGGACAACGAGCACGAUCUGGAGACGACGCACACGUCGGCCAUAAGUCGCUCAUCUGAGCCUGUGACAGCUGAGGAGAUCUUGCGCAGAUACAGUCCUGACAUCAGGAGUCGCAUGAGAAAAGUCAGUUGUCGGGAAGUUCUGAAGAGGUCCAGUCCUCCAGUGGGUUCUUUAUCUGACAACAAGGUGAAACUGUCGCUGAGGGAUGAUCCAGUCUUUGUGUCGGGCGUCAUUAACCCACAUCAUCACCCGCGCCUGCACCAUUCGCCGCCUCCCAGCUCCAGCCGGAGUUACGACUCCCCCUCCAGCAGCAGCCCUGCCAGCAGCAACAACGACCCUCUGCCUCCCGUGUCUCACUCGGCCGCCUCGUACGCUCCUCUGCCCCCGCCUCCUCUUCACCACCUGUCCUUCAGCAGACCGCAGCACCUGGGAGCUCUGCAGCUCCCCGCUCUGCCACCACCGCCACCACCAGAGGGCGUGGGUCGGCCGUGCGGGCGGCAGGAGGCGGUGGAGGACGGCUCUGUGGACGAGCCCUCCAUGAGGUCCUUCUUAGGGAAGAUCAAAGCCUUUGAAAAGAUGGAUCACUUUGCCCGAGCGCACAGGCUGCUGGAGAUACAGGAGGCGCAGAACGCCAGGCUCGAGAUUGUUCAGACGCACCCAGACCUGUACGCUGUUCCUCUGAAGACGGCCAAACUGGACCACAGUCGACCGCAGCCCAUCGGUUCCAGUUCCAGUUCACACCCUGAACAUCAGACGUCUCCGUCCUCUAAGGAGGGACGUCCCUUCUACGCAGCUGAGGAGGACACAGGGAAGGAGGCAGCACCUGGAUAUUACACUGCCAGCUCUCACCAGUACCAGGACACUGAGCUGUAGGAUGACUUUGAACAGACUGUUGCUGAUUUGACAUUAAGAGAGCGGGGAAACCAUGUUUUGUCUUCUCUCUCCAGGAACACACUGUCCUUACUUUACAUUUGGUUUUGUAUUUAAGUGUUUGUCUAACUUUGACACGGUCACGACUGAGUGCUCAGUGCUCAGGAACCACUUGUUUUCUUGCCUAUGCAACUCUUCAGUUUGUGCACAGCAGCUGAAACCACACGUUUGCCCUCAUUAACACGCUUUAUUUGAAGCUCCGCUUUUUGCACUUCUAAUAAUAUACAAACAUUUAUGACUAUAUAUUACUAUAUUAAUAUUCACUAGUAUAUAUUACUAUAUUAUAUAUAUAUAUUUAUGCAUUCCAUCCUAUAUGAAAAUGCCUGUUUAUACAUACAGUAUACAGUAUAACGAGUAUAUAUAAAUAUAUAUAUAUUCUAUUUAUCGACUUUUCAAAGUGCCUUUUACUUUUCUUAGUCCCGUGAGGAUCGGUUUGUCUGUCCUCUGCCACCGUCUGCUGCUGCUGUCGAGCUUAAAGGUAAAACCAGGGAACCAGUGACACCAAAACCUUAAUGCUGUCCCCGCAGGAACAGCCAGUGCACACCCGCACACCAGGAAACAGCAACUCUAACAGUCACUUCAACCUUUUUUACUCCAGCAAUACAAUGUGUAGAAUUGGCACAAUCAGUAACACAAUUGAUUAAAAAUGAACUCAAUCUGCACAAACCUGUGUGCCAAUUUGACCUUUGACCUUUGACCCUUGACCCAUACUCAGAAGCAGAGGAUUCUUUUUAUGUUGUAGCGUCUGAGGCUGAAGUUGCUGAUCUAACUCUCUUACAGUGAUAGUGUUGGUGUGUGAGGCACCGUCAGUGUUGCCAGGAGACGGUGACACACACAAAUCUUUAUCUCAGCCUUUUCCAGGUUUUCCAACUCUCCUGCACCUGUCUUAACAGCGACAAACACAUUGGAAACACUUUAAGGGAAGAAAAGGAUCUUUAUUGUCAUUAUACAAGUUCACAUGGAGGGUUGAUCAGAAGAUGUAACCUUAGAGGCUGUUGAGUCUUUGUAACGUGGCUAAAAUUGAACGUUUUUACCUCAUUCAACCACAAUCUGAAAAGCAUGGAUUAUCACUUCAGUCCCUCCACAGUAGCUGGUGUGAUCUGGUGUGAUCUGGUGUGACUGGGCCUCAUCAUUCCUGUUUCUUUGUUUUGUUGUGUUUGGUCCAGGAACCCUGCAGCGCCCUCUUGUGUCCGGUCAGUCAUGGUGGCUCUCACUGCCUUUGCCAACAACACACUAAAUAAAUGAUAAGGUGGCAGGGGAUUUUUUUUUUUCUUCUUCUUCUUGUCAACAAAAUGAAUGUCUCCUAACAAGUACUGUAUUGUGUAUCCAAAGCCUGAUAUAUGCUGUCUUAUUCCUCUGUGCCAUACUACUCUAGUGUGUACAAUUACACACCAGAGCACCAAAUAUAUAUGAAUCUACUGCUGAAAUAAUCAUCAACAAAUGCAUUUUUUUUUUUUUAUUUAUACAGCAACAAAUCAUCAAUAAUAAUCAAGGCACUUAACAAUUAGGGGUCAACCAGUAUGGUGUUUUCAGGGCUUAUACCAGGGCACGCUCACACUUAUGUAGCAAUAAUGACAUUUGUGACAACACUGCAUCAUUUCAAGAUAAGGGUUUGUUUAUGUUCAGGGUCCUUGGAAUCCUUGAAAUUGAAAAAAACAUUGUUCAAGGACCUUGAAGAUUCUUCUUCUUGAAAAUCACCCUAAAUAGACAUGGGUCAUUGAAAGUGCUUAAGGAGUUGAUGUUGAGUCGUAAUUACCAGCGCUCACUGUCUCUCACUGGUAUUGAUGUGAGAUUCCGCGCAGAACAAUGAGCGAGUAAAGUUAAGCAAGAGAGCGCAAAUGACAACGUGAUGCCUGGGAAAUGACUUUGACCAACAUCACAAGGACCAUCACUUGUCCAGAGCGUGCUGCAAAUCGAAUUUGAGGGAAUUGGUCCUGGAAAUUCCUUGAAUAGUCCUUGAAUUUGAUGUCAACCAAGGUGUAGGAAUCCUAUAUAGUAACAAUAAAAUAAAACACAUUUAUGAUGAAAAAUGUAUCAAAUGUAUAAAUAUCAAAAACAGACAUUUAAGUGGCCGGCCACUUGAAACCAAUGGCGGGGCCUCAUGUGGCCCGCAGGCCACAGGUUUGGAACCUCUGGCUGUUAAAGUAAAGUCACAAACUCCAAAACUCAACUACUGCUACAUAAAGUCUAUGGCCAUCCAUUGUAGUGCGUCUCUUUUCUUUAGUCCACUCCAUUAAUGUAGUAACUCUGUGUAAGCACAGCUCAAUAGUGCCACUCAGUGGAUUCUCCCAGAAUUACAAUACAGUUGAAUCAACCACUUGAAUAAUAAAUAAAUUGAAAAUAAAUAAACUUAAAAUGAAAGCCUUUAUGAGGGAGAACUCAGUACUGGUCUGUUUCCAGAGCGUUAGUUGUAGUGAUAUGUGAUGAACUGUGUCCCGUCAGGAUAGAGCAGUAAAGAUAUUCAUCAUGAUAUUUCACAGGUUUCAAAGUCAAAGUGUUGCUUUUGAUAUGGAACACUGAAUAUUUCAGAAUUAUGAUGCAAAAUAAAUCUAUUCAUACCAGAAACAGACAUUUUCUAAUUCUAAAAUGAAGUAAAUAAUAACUCUAAUUAAAACACCAAACAAUCUUAUAUACAGUAUAUAAUUUAAUGUUGAAUGUAAGACAUAUAAUAAUGCAGUGAUUACAACAAUUAAAAUAUAUUUAGUAUUAUACUCUAUAAUCUAUCAUCUCGCUGGCAGCGUUGGUUUUAAAGGAAGACGACCACGUGUUCAUUAUCACAUGCAUGUGGCCCAUGAGCCGCAGGUUUGACACCUCUGGUAUCUGCAGAUUUUUCUUUAUAUCACAUUCUAAUCCUAAUCAUUCCCCCAUUAGAACACAUUGAACUGUAAUUAUUGUGUAUUUUUCACAAACUAUUCUAUUUUUAAAGCCGUACUGGAGUCUGGUUUGCUGUCAUGGUGUUAGCGUGCUGAUAGCCCUCGGUGAAUAAACACUAUUUUGGCUGGAA